AUGAAGGGUGGAGUUUCAUCAGAAGCUGAGCCACCCACUAAGAAGCAGAAGAAAGUUAAGACACAGAAUGAGUCUGAAGCUGAUGCAGCGGGAAAGGAUAACUCUUUAUCGAUGGCAUCACCGGUGGUUCGAACGCAUCAGAAGUCUGUCAAUAGUCCAGCGUUAGUAGCUGCGACUCUUGGUAAGGAGUUUGGACAGAAAAAGAAUUUGGCCAAGGAGCUUGAAAAGGAAUCAUGGGUGAAAAGGACUUUGAAUGAGGAGUUUGGUAGUGUCGAUAAAGCUACUGAUAUGCGGCCUCUUGAUUUCGUAGUAGUUUCUCCUGCAAAGGCUACUAAGGAUGAUAAGGCUACUAAGGAUGAUAAGGCUGCUAAGGAUCCAGCCUAUGGACGCGGCUGCAGGCGCAAGCGUAUUGUUAAGGGUGAGGAAGCCGAUGAGAAGAAAAAAGUAGCGCAGGCAGAUGCUGCGUUUAAGAGGGAGGAAAGGGCUGAGGCUAAGAAAAAAGCUGAUGAGGAUAAGAAAAAAGAGGCUGAAGCUAAGAAAAAAGUGGCUGAGGCUAAGAAAAAAGAGGCUGAUAACUCAGAGACUGAAGAAGAAGAUAAGUCUGGACCAGAGACUUGCUUGUAUGUCAAGGUGAGCAUGGAAGGUGCUCCUUACUUGAGGAAAAUCGAUCUAAAGAGUUACAAGAGCUACGUUGAGCUCUCUGGUGCUCUUGAGAAGAUGUUCAGUUGCUUCACUAUUGGUCAGUUUGGGUCUCAUGGAGGGUGUGGCCGAGAUGGGUUAAACGAGAGUCGCUUGACCGAUCUCUUGCGUGGUUCUGAGUAUGUUGUUGCCUAUGAAGAAAAAGACAGAGACUGGAUGCUGGUCGGUGAUGUCCCUUGGGAGAUGUUUAUAUGUUCCUGCCAGAGGUUGAGAAUCAUGAAGAGCUCUGAGGCCAUUGGCUUAGCUCCGAGGGUAAUGGAGAAAUGUAGAAGCAGGAACUAG